ACAAUCACGCUUGCCACGUAUGUUGUUGUUACAGAUGGGGGAGGAAAAGGAGGAGAAGCAGGGGGAGGAGUAGUAGGAGGAGUAGUAGGAGGAGAAGGAGCAGGAGAAAAAGGAGGAGAAGGAAAAGCAGGGGGAGAAACAGGAGCAGGAGGGGAAGAGAGAGGAGCAGGAGGAGAAGCAGGGGAAGAAGCAGGAGAAGCAGAGAGAGCAGGAGGAGGAGCAGCAGCAGGAGAGGAAGAGAGAGAAACGGGAGCAGGAGAAGCAGAGAGAGAAGCAGGAGAAGCAGGAGCAGGAGCAGGAGCAAAAGGUCCAGCUACAAUCAACGAUCAAGAAAACGAUAAAGAAGAAGAAGCAGCUGCAGCAGCUUCUGCCGCAGCAGCUAAUGAUAUUCCCAUUAAUGAUGCUGCCGCAUCUGAAAAUAGUGGAGUUUCCAAAAUAGCGAAUCUAAAAGCUUUGCUUACUGUUAUUAUAUUACCCAUGCUUUUGUAA